AAUUGUUUCACUGAAGUAUUAUUACAAAAACUUUCGUGUCUUCCUUGCCCAACGAUGGAUUGCAAAAUUUAUAAAUACGAAAUCCCUCAAAUAGUAUUUCUUCAAAAUAUGUUGCAUUCCUAUCCGAGAGUAUUUCUAUUUAUAAAUUAUCUGCUAAAUUCUGAAACAUUGUUCAAUAUUUUGAUACCAAUACUAUCUGGAUUGGACAAGGAUAUCUUCUUAAGGACAAUUAUAGGCGGGCUCUUGGCGGAUUUUUUAAAUUCGCAUUUGAAAUGGCUUUUAGCUGAACCUCGGCCCCAUUGGUGGGUCCUUGGAGAGAGUCGUCGUCCGAGGCUUGUACAAUAUGAAGGGACUUGUGAAUGCACUCCUGGAUCGCCUUCCGGCGAAGCAAUGGUCACUGCUGCAGUCUUUUUCAUACUAAUUAGCAGGUUGUUGGGGAAAUUUGAGUAUCAUGUGACAAAGUGUUGGAAGAAGGUCAUCUGGAUGGCUUAUGCUGCCAUACUGAUCCUUCUAACGGUUUCUCAGAUUUUCUUAGGAGUUCACUUUCCCCAUCAAUGCAUUUUUGGAGUUAUAGCUGGGCUCAUUAUCGGGGGUAUCCUAUCUAUACCCAGAGUCAUGGACAAAAUUUAUUCACUCUCUAAAAUUAAAUGCUUCACCAUCAUCUGUAUGAUGUUCCUCUGUGAUUGUGCAACGUACAUGAUGCAAAUUUAUCUUGGGGUGGACCCCAAUUGGUCCACGAGAUUGGCUUUCAAGUAUUGUGAAAAUGCUAAAGCCAUCCUCCCAGAAUCCCUGAUAAUGUAUUCUUUGAUUAGAAACUUGGGAAUUUUCGUGGGAAUAUUGUCCUUCGCACCGUUAAAUGUGUGCAGACCCUGCGUCAGUGACUCCUGCAAGUUGUUUCUUCGGUCUAUCCUGAAAAUUAUUUUGGGAAUGCUCGGUCAUCACUACAUACCUCGUCACUAUGGAGUCUAUAUCUUCUACGGGAGCACGGUAUCUUUCUACGCUGUUUACUACUUUAUUUUAUAUUGGAUUUUCACACUAAAAUGGCCACGCAAACUGGAGAAGUUCGACUAAAAAGGCGCAAAAACUGCACUAGCACCACACUGCGGAAAAAAUUGGAAACUCAGUAUACAGUGACAUUUGCAAAACAAAACACGCAUUUUUUAACUUUUUGAGAAAAUUGCUAAAUUAAUAAAUGAUUAAGACACAAAAA